AUGUUUCCUUCCUUUCGUCCGAAUUCCUUCAUCCUUUUCCUCUUCCUCUCCUCCCUUUUCAUCUUCUUGCUUCCUUUCACCACCACCUCGCAUGGCGUCGCAGAAGACCACGCCAAAACCCCCUCUCACACUCCAAAGAUAUGUGGCACCAACCAAAGACAUGAUGAUGCCUCCGAGCUGAAUGAAUUCUUCCCUGAAGCCGAUGAUCCCACUAUCACCCGCAUCCCAUCCGAUUCCAACGUUGGCCAACUCUCCGAUCCCUCCGCCGUGAGCCAUAUCGCCAAUCCCCUGCUUCAGCGCGCUCACACCGCGCUCCGCGCGUGGAAGAGCGCCAUCGUCUCCGACCCUCACAACUUCACUGGCAAUUGGGUCGGCGACGAUGUGUGCACCUACAACGGCAUCGUCUGCACCCCCUCGCUCGACGACCCCACCCGACACGCCGUCGCUGGCAUCGACCUCAAUAAAGCGGACCUCGAAGGCCACCUCCCCAUGGAGCUCAGCCUCUUCCACGAGGUCUCUCUCAUCCACCUCAACUCCAAUAAGUUCCGCGGCCAAAUCCCCCAGAAGCUAUCCAAGUUGGUGCACCUCCAAGAGCUCGACCUCAGCAACAACGGCUUCCACGGGCCGUUCCCGGAGGAGGUGCUCCGGCUGCCGAAUCUCAAGUACCUCGACCUCCGGUACAAUAACUUCGAAGGGGUGCUGCCGCCAGAGCUCUUCGACAAGGAUCUUGAUGCUCUGUUCAUCAACAACAACCGAUUCAACGGCACGUUGCCGAUAAACAUAGGUAACUCGAAGCUCUCUGCGAUGGUGCUAGCCAACAACAACUUCGAAGGCGGCAUUCCGAAAAGCAUAGGAAAUAUGAACCAAACUUUGAAUGAGAUCGUCAUCGGCAACAACAGCUUCAGUGGAUGCUUGCCGCUGGAGCUCGGGUCACUCAUCAACGUUGCGGUGCUGGACAUAAGUUUGAACUCGUUCACCGGAGUGUUGCCAGAGAAGAUGAUCGAGGGGUUGCAAAACGUGGAGCAACUCAAUGUCGCAAACAAUAAAUUGACAGGGACUCUGCCGCAUGGCAUAUGCCAGUUGAAGAAACUCGAUAACUUCACAUACUCUUCCAAUUACUUCAACGGCAACAGACUGGAAUGUCAGCGGCCGGGGAAGGUCGAAUUUGACCCCGGGUUGAAUUAUAUUGAUGGAGAAGAAGAAGGAGAAGAAGAAGAAGAGAGGACAAAGGAGGAAUUCGCUUUCGCGGCGUUUGAACAUUCAGCGAGUUGCAGCGAGCAGAAGAAUGAGAUACCUUCAGGGCGUUCGAGUUAUUCUCCAGCGCCUUCAUCCUUGUCACCGUCGUCGCAUCGGAUUGUAUUGGAACAGCAACCUGCUGCAUCCCUUCCGCCAGUUGGCGGGUUCGGUUAUGCAUCGCCACCACCUCCCAUGAUGAAAGAUAAUUGA